AUGAGCAAAAUCAAUGGCGGGGACUCGGUUUUGCCAGUCUUGAUCGUAGGCGCAGGCCCUGUUGGACUCGUCCUCUCCAUUCUUCUCACUAAACUCGGUGUAAAAUGUGCAGUUUUAGAGAAAAACAAGACCUUUUCAAAACACCCUCAAGCUCAUUUCAUUAACAAUCGGUCAAUGGAGGUGUUCCGAAAAAUAAAUGGCUUGGCUGAUGAGAUUAUGAGGUCCCAACCUCCAGUGGAAUUUUGGAGGAAGUUCAUAUACUGCACUUCACUCACGGGUCCUAUUCUUGGUUCAGUCAAUCAUAUGCAACCUCAAGAUUUUGACCGAAUUGUGAGUCCUGUUUCUGUUGCACAUUUCUCACAGUACAAACUUAUCAGAUUGCUAAUUAAACAGCUCGAGAACAUAGGGUUUCAAAUUACAAGUGAAGAGUUGAGGCCAGAUGAUGUCGGGCUUGCAGAGCGUGAGGUAUUACUGGGGCAUGAGUGCACAUCUAUCAAAACAACUGAUCAUGGUGUAACCGUGACUACAUCUUUUCUUAGGGAAGGAAAGCAUAUGGAGAAAAAUUUCCGUUGUGAUUUCCUUAUUGGUACUGAUGGUGCAGGAAGUACUGUUAGAAAGCUCAUGUCAAUAGACAUGAGUGGUGAGAAGAACUUGCAAAAACUCAUCAGUAUCCAUUUUAUGAGCCAAGACCUCGGGCAGUAUCUGAUCAAUGACAGACCGGGCAUGCUGUUUUUUAUCUUCAAUACUGAAGCAAUCGGUGUUCUAGUCGCUCAUGAUCUGAAGCAAGGGGAGUUUGUGUUGCAGGUGCCUUUUUAUCCGCCUCAACAAAAGUUUGAAGAUUUCAGCUUCAAGAUGUGUGAGAUAUUAAUCUUCAAAUUGGUUGGCCGAGAGCUUGCAGACAUAGAUGUGAUGGAUGUAAAGCCUUGGGUAAUGCAUGCUGAAGUUGCUGAAAGAUUUUUAUCCUACAACAACAGGAUAAUACUUGCUGGUGAUGCUGCUCAUCGUUUUCCUCCUGCUGGUGGUUUUGGAAUGAAUACCGGUAUUCAGGACGCUCAUAAUCUUGCGUGGAAGUUAGCUUCUGUAAUCAAUGGAAUCGCACCUCCAUCAAUUCUUUCCACUUACGAAAUGGAGCGUAAGCAGAUUGCCAGAUUUAAUACAGCACUCAGUCUCCAAAACUUUAAAGCAGCAAUGGCAGUGCCUGCUGCUCUUGGUCUUGAUCCAGCCAUUGCAAAUGCAGUCCAUAAAACUAUAAACAACACUGUUGGUUCAAUUUUGCCGUCUGAACUACAAAGGGCAUUUUUGGAUGGUAUUUUUAGAAUAGGCCGUGCACAACUCUCAGAUUCUCUUUUAAAUGAGAAUAAUCCUCUUGGAUCUAGAAGGCUUGCCAAACUGAGACAGAUAUUUGAAGAAGGAAAGAGCCUUCAACUCCAAUUCCCUGCUGAGGAUCUAGGUUUCAGGUAUCGUGAAGGAGCACUCGUGUCUGAUGGCAAUAGUUUGUCAAGUGCAUCAGAAACACCUACUGGACAGAGGAGGGACUACAUUCCAUCCACGGACCCCGGAUCAAGACUGCCUCAUAUGAAAAUUCAGCUGCUAUCAGAACUGACAAGAAGGGAGACUUUUUCCACACUUGACCUUGUAUCUGGUGAAAACGUUCAAUUUCUUCUGAUUAUCGCACCAAUUGAAGAGUCCUACAAUCUAGCUCGAGCUGCCUUUAAAGUGGCUGAGGAGCUUAAAGUUCCUCUAAAGGUAGCUGUGAUAUGGCCAACUAUUGACGGAAUUAGCAGAAGUGAAAAAGCACUGUCACCUUGGAAGAAUUUUGUGGAUGCUGUUGAAGUCAAAAGGUCUCCAUCUUCACCAUCGUGGUGGGAUCUCUGUAGAAUGACAGAUAGAGGAGCCAUUUUAGUGAGACCCGAUGAGCACAUUGCUUGGCGUGAAAAAUCGGGAACCAUGAAUGAUCCUAUUUAUGAGCUCAAAAAGGUUUUUCAUGUUGUACUUGGAUUGUAG